AUGUGGGGAUUAGUAAAGAGCGCUUCAAAAAAGAAUAUAAAUAACGAAGAUACAAAUAAUGAUGAAACAAUAGAUUAUGAUGAGGAAGGAGAAGAAGAAAAAAAAAAUGUUACGAAUAAUAUAAACGAUAAUACUAAUGUAGAUGAAAGUAAAUAUGAAGAUACUUUAAAGGAUGAAAAAGGAAAUGUUAUGGAUGUUGAUAAAGAUGAUAUGGAAAAUACAGAAUGUAUAUUAAACUCAGAUGAAAUUAAUAAAAAGAUUGAAAACCUACUAAAUAAUUUAUCUUCUGAUGAAGAAGAAGAAGGAGAAGUUGUUGAAGAUGAAAUACCUUAUGAACGUGUUAACGAAAAAAAUAAAGAAAAUAAAGAAAUAAUUUUAUUAAAUAUAUAUUUAGAACUAUCAAAUGAUCAUUUGGAAAUGUUAUUAAAAAUUUUUGGAACCAUUGAAAAAAUAUAUAUGGAUGAUAAUGAAGGUGUUCAUGCUAUAUAUACAUCUUUGUCAAGUGCAAAAAAAGCAAAAGAAUUUUUAGAUAAUUUAAAAAUAAAAAAUAGAAGAAUGCAAGUUAUAUAUGGGAAUUAUAAAAAGAAUUCUAAUAUGAAUAAUGUGGAUAAUAAAAGGAAUACACAUAUAUAUAAUAUGAAUAAUGAAUAUAUGGAAGAGAAUAUAAAUAAUGAUCAUAUAUAUUUAAAUAAUUAUGUUAAUAAAGAUAGAAAUAAUAAACAUGAAUUAUACUUUAAACAUUAUAAUGAAAAUUCAAAUAUUCUUUAUGAUCAUUUAGGUAAUCCUAUAAAGAAAAAUGUUGUCUUAUAUAAAAAUAAAAAAUAUUAUAUGAAUAAUAUGAAAAUUAAUAAUAAUUCGCCCUUAUAUAAAAAUCAUCAUAUGAAAGGUAAAAAUGUGUUACUGAAAAAUAAUAUGUUUGAUUCUUCAUUACCUAUACAUUUAAAUAAUGAUUAUAUGAUGACAUCUGAUGGACAUAUGAAAAUAGCUGAUGUAAAUAUAGCAAAUAAUAAUGAUCAGCAGGAUAUACCAGACCAUUUUCAUCAUAGUAAUCAUUUUUCACAUAUUCCCCCUCCCCCUCCUCCAACAAGUUUAUACAACAACAAUAAUGAUAAUAAUAAUGAUAAUGAUAAUAAUAAUAAUAAUAAUAAUAUUACUAAUAGUCAUAUGGGUGAAUACAAUGAUAACCAUAGUGAUGAGGAUAAUAAUAAUAAUAAUAAUAAUAAUUUUUCUUAUAAUAAUAGUCGUGUGAAUACAAACAAUUCUGCUUAUCGAGGGAAAAAUAAUAACAUGCAAAACGAAAAAAAUAACUACAACAAAUUAAUAUACAAUAAAUAUAUAAAUGUACCAAAUGAUAAUAUAGGAAAUAAUUUUUUACAUUCUAAAUAUAAUAGCAAUAAUAAUAAUAAUAAUAAUAAUAAUUAUGAAUCGUUUGCUACCAGUAAUUAUAAUUUUUCAUAUCAAAAAAAUAAUUUGUCUUCACACAAUAAUAAUAAUAAUAAUAAUAAUUAUAGUAAAGGAUUAUAUUCAAAACAUAUUCCCCCCCCACCAUUUAAUGAGCAUAAUAAUUUCACAACCUUAUCCAUGUCCAAUAUUAAUAUGAAAAACAAAAAAGAAAAUAGUAAUUUUAUAAAUAGUCAUAAUGACAAUGAUAACAAAGAUAAUUCACUUUAUAAUAUAAAUGAAUUUAUUGAAAUAAAUGAUAAUAAUCCAUUCAAUAUUCAUAGUGAACAUAUAAUGAAUGAUAAUUUCUUAUGGAUUACUAGAAAAGAAGAGAAAGUAUUAAAUUGGUCAACACAUUUAUCCAUAGAAGAAAAUCAUUUAGAUUUUUUACAAUCUUUUAAUAUAUAUAAAUUGUAUAAUAGAUAUUUGCUAAUCACUAAUAUUCCUACAAAUUUAAGAGAUACUCAUAAAUUAAAAGAUUAUAUAAAUAACCUAUUAACAAUUGAUAAAAAAUAUAAUGCAUGUGUCGAUGUUACCUUUUUCGAUGAUGUCAAAAAUAAUAACCAAACGUUAUUCUAUCAUGACGAUAUUAAUAAGGAUACUCAACAUGUACUAAACACACAAGAACAAAAGGAAGAGCAUAUAAACAGUGAGCAAAAUAUAAAGCAAGAGGGAAACACAGAUGAGCAGGAACAUAUACAAAGUGAUCAUCAUGAUGAUAAAUCAAAUGGUAAUAAUGAGGAACCAGUAGAAUUAAAAGAAGAGGAAAUAACUCAAAAAUGUGGAAGAACGAAAGGUCAAGAAAGGGCAAAGGCAGCUCCUCAAAAAUUAAGAAACAUGAGCGGACGUGCUAAAACAAAAAAGGAAGAACAAGAAGAACAACAAGAAGAACAACAAGAACACCCGGAGGGAGAACAGAAUGAUGACAAUGUAGAAAAUGAAAAAAACGAUCCUAAUGAUGACAGCCACAAUAAUGAUGUUUCAGAUUGGAUAGAUAAGAACGAUGUGAAUAAAAAUGUUUAUGCCCAUUUAACCUUUCGAACUAUAAAAAAUUGUACAGAAGCAAAAAAAAUUUUAGAAGAAAAGAAUUUUUUAGUAACUUAUACAUCACCACAUAAACCUAACAACUGUUUAUGGGUAGGAAAUAUAUUAAAAAAUUAUUUUUUUAACACAGCAAAUAUAUUAAAAACAAUGUUUAGUUAUUUUGGAGAGAUCAGAAAUAUUAAAUAUGUAAAUGAUAAGAAUUGUUUUUUUUUACAAUAUAAAAAUGUAGAAUCUGCAAUAAAUGCUAGAAAUCACAUGUUCGGGAUACAGAUAUCUAAAAGUACUAUUUUAAAUAUUGAUUUUUCCAUAUUGAACGAAUGGGAAAAUAAACAGAAAAUAAAUUUAUCAAGAAAACGGUUCUUAGAUAAUAACGAAACACAAGAUAGAUUAGAAAAAAAAUAUCAUAAAAAAAAUAAUCCGUAUGCUGAUUCCAAGACUAUGUCAUUAUUAAAAAGAAAUCGUUACAAAAAAGGAUAUGCAACAACAAAUAGUAACAAUUAUUAUAAUAAUAAAUAUGAUGAUCAUAAUUCAAAAAAAAAGAUUCAUAAAGAUUCAAAUUAUCUAAUCGAUAAAAAAAAUAAUCACACUAGAAAAAGUAAAUCAUAUAAAAGUUCGUAUCACGAGAAAAGUGAUAAUCAGAAAAUUUUAAAAAGAAAAACAGAUGAUCAUGAACAUUAUAGAGAUAGUAAAAAGAAUAAGAGAGAUUAUUUAGAUGAUCAUAAACAUAAUUAUAAUGAUGAUAAUAUGUUUAAUGAUCAACAUAAUAGUAUACAUACUGAUAUGGAACAUGAUAAUAGUGUAGAUGGGAAAAAAGAAAAAAUAAUCGCAUUUUAUGUUAAUCAAAAAUAUAAAUGUGAUUUUGUAGCAACCUUAUAUGAGGGAGAUCCAAAACUUAAAAUAUAUUCCAAAUUAAAUGUGGAAACAAAGAGUGACAUUAAAAAUUUGAAACAAAUAAAAAGUACAUGCACCAAUUAUGCCAUAUGGAAAUUAGGACCAACACCGAGCCAGACUAAGAAAUUUACUCACAUCUGUGAUCAUUUUAGUAAAAAGAAAAAUAUUCCUGUUAUCAUAAAUAAGGAAUGUACCAUUUUUAUUGUUCCAAUAAAAGAGGAAUAUUUAAAAGAUUUACAAAUCGAAAAUAUGGAGUAUAUGUAUGCUUACGUUCUGGAGACAAAAAAAACUUAA